AAUCAUAUAACUUUAGAUAUAAUUUAGCAUUAAUAGACAUGGCUUCUAGCGAUGUUAUAACUGAUAGUUCAAUUUUUCACAUAUUUGGAAUCAUCACCGUGUUAGCCCUGAUAUUCGAAGCCUUGAAUAGAUCGUACAAGUUUUGGGUCACACACUUCUUUGAUUCGCCCGUGGAUUUGGCACAAUUUGGAAAGUGGGCUAUUGUCACAGGAUCAACGGAUGGCAUUGGAAAAGCAAUAGCGCACGAGCUCGCAAAGCGGAAAAUCAAUAUAUUUCUCAUCAGCAGAAGUUUGGAAAAAUUAACAAAGGUAGCAGAAGAAAUUGAACGCUCUUACAAAGUUGAAACAAAGAUUUUAGUGUUUGAUUUCACCAAUUUUGAUCAUUUACCAGGCUCUGGUGAUCCAUAUAGCGUAAUAUCAGACGCAAUGAAGAAUUUAGAAGUGGGAAUUAUGGUUAAUAACGUUGGGAUGCCUACUGGACGUAUAGAUGUAUUUCAUAAAUCUCAAAAACCUGGCGAAGCCCUAUCGAAAUCAAUAUCUAAUCAGAUACACUGCAAUGCAUCAUCCAGAGUUAAAAUGAUGGAACUUGUUCUUCCCAGUAUGAUCGCCCGAAAGAUUGGUUUGAUUAUUAACAUCUCUUCUAUGUCGGCUGCUUUUGUCAGUCCUAUUCUCGCGACUUAUGCGGCAGCAAAGCGCUUUGAUGAUACGCUAUCGGUUUCUCUUGCGCAGGAAUACAGAAAACAUGGCAUCAUUAUCCAAAGUAUUCGACCAGGAUUUGUACUAACUAAUAUGACUGAACCACUAAGGUCAACCCCAGAUUUAACUUUCCCCACGGCUACAAAUUACGUCCAUCAUAUGAUGAGAACUAUUGGAAAGACCAAUUGGACGAACGGCUACUGGCCACACACCAUUUUAGGAUCGAUAAUUACGACUGCACCGGAGAGCAUGACGUCACGCUUUAUGUUCAAAAAGUCCAUGCAGGCCGGGGACAAGUUGAGGUCAUGAAACAUAGAAUUGAAUCAGGCGUGUUGUAGCCUACAUUUUGACAUAAUAUGUAUAACUAUUUGCAUAUGUGGUUUUUAUCAAUAGUUUUGCUCCGUUUUCAUGAUUGCCUUGUAAUUAAACUAAUCCUCAGUGCUACUUUUUU